AUGAUGUUUAAAGCUUUGCUGGACAAGGCCAUAAUAUUUCUGGUGCGGAAUUCAAAUAUCUUUGACCCUAUCAAGUUUAAUGGUCCAACGUCUUUUGACAAUGAUACAUUCGUGGAUAUUAUUUUGGAAUUAACACGGAUUGUAGAACUUAACUCUUUCGAGUUUGGCGGUACGUGUGAAUCCUCGAUACUCGGAAAAAAUUGCCCAAGCCUUUGCGGAGAGCGAAACAUUGGAAUAUUGCUUUUGUCGUUGUGCAGUUUGAUUAAUCACAGUUGUUACAGUAAUACUAAACACUUUGAAACUUCCAAUUUGGAUAUGUUUGUCUGUGCAACAAAACCCAUUAAAAAAGGGGAACAGAUAACCAUUAGUUAUAAGUCUACAGCAAGGAUGGACAAAAUAAUGAGGCAAAGGUUAAUAAAAGCAUCAUUUGCCUUCAUUUGUAAUUGUACGGGGUGUGAAGAAAAUUGGCCAUGUAAAUUAGAAUACCCCCACCAAUCAACAUGGAGAAUGCUUUUGAAUUUUGAGAAAAAUUUCACAGCUGAAGAAAUGCUAUCAACAAUAAAACCCAUCACUUCGGAAAAUAUAAAAAAUUUAUCUAUGGAUAAGUCAACUUUAGUAAUAAUACUUAAAGCAAUCAAAAUAUCUUAUGACAUUUUGAAUCCCCCUGAAGCUUAUUUAUUCAGUUCUAGAUUCCAACUUUUUAUUCAAAAGUAUUUUAUGAAUUUUGUUGGUUAA